CUCAAGGACUUGGCGCUAUAGUCUGUCUGAAGGUCAUGCCCAUUUGUCGGUCUUGCUCGUGGAAUUUUUGAUGACGUCAAAUGGAUAAGGAUUCUAGUGAGGCACAAAAGCUACAGAUGACUCUGGCUGAAAAAGGAUCUGUAUUUUCAUCCGCAGAAAUACAAGAAAUUUUAGAAGUCCUCAGAGAAGUCUCUCUGAAACUUAUCAUAACAAACGUCCCACCAGAAGUUUUCAAGUACAGCAUUGCACAGGAAUCAUUUGAGGAAUUAUUUAAGUCGUUUGAUAAUCAGUCCAAAUUUGUGUAUCUACCAAGCUUUCAAAGGGUUUUGAUAUACAUGAACCGACCAGAAGCCGCAUUAUUGGCACGUUUGCAGACACAAGGCUGGAAACUCCCUGAACAUAUUUAUGCUAGCAUUCCAGAUAGUUCAAUAAAUGUGAAUGAUAAUGGAAUUAAUUGUUACAUUGGACACUUUGGUGAUAGUGUAGAUUCUGACGAAAUGGAUGAAGAUGAAGAUAUUUGUGAUUGUUGUGAAAGUCCUGAAGGUUCUGUUGGAGAUGAUGAUUAUGUGGAGGAUAAUGAACCAGACGACUUCAAAGGAAAUACAGAUUUUCAGACGGCUUCAACAGGCAACAGCAAAUUGUCGAACCGAGAUACGAGUGAAAUAAGCUCAAUUCAUUCCCUUGAAUUUAUUGCUUCACCUUCUGUGCCUCUACAGAGUGUCAGUAGUGGUGGCAGUUUUGGAGCAAAUCGAACUAGAAGUACUCCUGAAUUCGAAAGUACAAGUGAGGCCUCUGGUGAUGAUAAUACAAUAAUACCAUCUUGUGUAAAUGAUGGCCAUUUGCGACGAAUAUUGUGUAAACAUGGCAAGUACAAGCGUCGUCGUGCACGUGGUUCAAUGAAACACUUAGCCCCACCAAAACCUUCUCGAUUAUUUCUGCUUUCACCACCUUGUUCACCUCCUGUCGGCUGGGAACCGAAACCAGAAUCUGAACCUGUUAUUAAUUAUGAACUCUUACAGGCCUUAGCGUCAUUAGCACCAGGUGAAACAUUUGAACUACAUCCACGUGAUCAAGUGAAUCAUCAUCCGAGUAUUGUGAUUACACCGUGUGAAAGUGAUCCAGUAUACAAUAAAAGUGGUGCAAAACUUCAAAUUAUACAGACUAAAUGUCCAGAUCGUAAAUGAUGUCAACGACAAUUAGGAUGAUGAUUAAGAUGUUGGCACAGCGAGAGAAUACCUUCAAGUAAUUGAGCACACUGAGAACUUUGUUAAAUUUCAGUAUUUGUGAUAAUUGGACAAACAGAAAUAUUAAAAGAAGAAAUAAGGAAAUACAUCCUACUAUUACUGUCUUUCUAUGAUCUCUAUACAUAAACACAUACACACACACACACACACUAGACUAUACACCUUCUCUUGUCAUUAACAUUCUCAGCAGACAAAAACGCCUUUUUUUUCUGACGUAUACAGAAAACAGCGGAUAUAAUUAUUGUUAUUGUUAAGAUGACCGGUUAACAUAAACACAUAAACACACAUAUUCAUACGCUCUACAUUGAUGAAUACGUUUCCUGGCCCACAGCUGUCGUGUUUAUAUCUUCAUUCAUUCAUUCAUGCAUCAUCAACGCCAUCUCUCUCUCUGUCUCUUUGUUUAUCCUUUCUCAGGUGAGUACCACUCUUUGUUCUCUUGCCUCAUGUUUGUAUUUUUUUUAUCUUUCUUCUUCUUCUGUGUGAAUGGCGUGUAGCUUUUUCUACUUCAUUUUCUUUCCUGUUAUUGUCAUUAUUACUAUUAUUAUUAUUAUUUUGUAUGCACAUGUUACUUCCCUGUAAGGGUUACCUCGCUAGUUAAUA